AUGAUAAUAGAUUAUCUUCUUCCCACGUCCUCACAGCCUCCUGCGAACAUGAAUUAUAUCUGGCCGGCCGCCGUUCCUGCCGCGACGGAUGUCGGAGCUUCCAUGGCCGACGCCUUCAUUUCGUCGUCCGCUUCCGAUCUAGCCUCCCUCUGGCCCUCCUCCGCCGCCUCCGGUGACCACCACCAGACGCAGCCGACAUUUCUCAGCCAGGAAACCCUCCAGCGGCGCCUCCUCGCGUUGAUCGAGGGCGCCCGCGAGAGCUGGACCUACGCCAUCUUUUGGCAGUCCUCCGCCGUUGACUACGGCGGGCCCGCGCUGUUGGGCUGGGGAGACGGCUACUACAAGGGCGAGGAGAAUAGAUCUGGACGCAGAAGGGCGUCGUCCCCCUCUGAGCAGGAGCACAGGAAGCAGGUGCUCCGGGAGUUGAAUUCCCUGGUCUCCGGCUCUCAUCCCGCCGCCGGAUCCGAUGACUCCGUCGACGAGGAGGUCACCGACACCGAGUGGUUCUUCCUCAUAUCCAUGACGCAGUCGUUCGUGAGCGGGUCGGGUCUCCCGGGCCAGGCCCUCUGUUCCUCCUCCCCUGUUUGGAUCGCCGGGCCGGAGAGGCUCGCCGCCUCCCACUGCGAGCGGGCCCGCCAGGCACAGGGCUACGGGCUUCAGACCAUCGUCUGCUUACCUUCCCCCAACGGCGUCGUCGAGCUUGGCUCCACCGAUUUGAUUCUCCAGAGCGCGGAUCUGAUGAACAAAGUCAGUGUCCUGUUCAAUUUCAACGGGCCGCUAAUGGGUUCAAGCCCUGAUUCGGGCUCGUUACCCUUAGCCCACAGUGACCCCGCCGCCCUAUGGCUUACAGAGCCCUCUUCCUCCGGCAUCCAGAACAACUCCGUGAACAACAACAACAACAACAAAAACAUUACUAAUUCAGUUGCGACUACCAAUUUCACUACCAACUUAGUCGAAAUUUCCCACGAAUUCCCCAGUAAGGAAUUGAACUUCUCCGAUUUCGGGCCGCCCUACGUAGGAUGUAGCAGCAGCAGCACGAAAAACAACAACUGCAAAACCGAGAUAUUGGAUUUUGGGCAACAAGACAAGAAAACCCGGUCCCCCACAAGCAACGACGAGGCCAUGCUCUCGUUCGACUCGUCUGCCGUCAUCAACAACAUCCCGACCCUAAAGACACCAGCCACCACCGAGUCAGAGCACUCUGACCUCGAUCCCAAGGCAGAGGCCGCCGACAGCACCAGCCGAGCAGACAAACAUCAGCAGCCUCACCGACCCAGGAAGCGUGGCCGGAAGCCCGCCAACGGUCGAGAGGAGCCUCUGAACCACGUGGAGGCCGAGCGACAGAGGAGAGAGAAACUGAACCAGAAAUUCUACGCCCUCCGUGCCGUUGUCCCCAACGUGUCGAAAAUGGACAAGGCUUCCCUCCUCGGAGACGCCAUAGCCUACAUCGAGGAGCUCCGGUCUCAGGUGCGGAUGGUUGAGUCCGACAGGGACGAGCUCAGGUGCAGGCUCGAGUCGCUCGUUGGGAAGGAGGCUCCACAGGGGGGAGGUGGCGGUGGGGCCCACCAUGCUGACGUGGACGUGAGGAUUAUUGGUCGGGAUGCGAUGGUUCGGGUGCAGUGUGGGAAGAGGAACCACCCGGCGGCGAGGCUGAUGGCGGCGCUGAGGGAGCUGGAGCUCGACGUGCACCACGCGAGUGUCUCGGUUGUGAACGAGCUGAUGAUUCAGCAGGCGACUGUGAAGAUGGAAGGGAGGCUGUACACUCAGGACCGGCUAAGGGCGGCUUUGGUGUCGAAAAUAGCCGAGGCCUAA